AUGCCGCGAUCAUCAUCCGGAGAGCCCACCAAGCCUUCCAAGCGAAAGGGCACCAGAAGUGUUUCGACCCUGACGCCCUCACAACUGGCACGCAAGCGAGCCAACGACCGUGAGGCUCAGAGGGCCAUUAGGGCCAGGACCAAGGAGCACAUUGAGCGUCUAGAGCGUGAGCUUGCCGAGCUCAAGGGCGUCCAGAGCCGUGACAGAAAGGUCCAGGAACUUCUGCGGCGGAACAAGUUCCUCGAACAGGAGAUUGCCAGGCUUCGAGAACACAUGGGCUACACCGCUACGGACUCAUCCUACUCCUCGAAUUCCGCAGGUACGCCAGGUACCAUGACCAGCAACGCCCAUGACCUUUACUUUGGACCGCUAACCCCAGGUCCAUCAGUCUACGACGACAAUCUCAGUUCUGGCAGCGGUGCUGUGCCGAGCCCGAGGGUGUCUCCUCUGCCCUCGAGUGACUUCAACCAGAUCAACGACUACGCGCAGCAGUCGUAUGGCCACAUGACGAGUGCCGGCGGCGAACCGUGGCAGCCGUCUGUCGCCCCAAAUCCCGUCCUCGGCAACAUCCCCAGCCCCUCGUCUCCCGCCCACGGUGAAGAGUACAACGCAGCCUAUAUUCCCACCAGCGUGCCUCCCGCCAUGAUUCCGACCACUCUCAAGGACAUCAAGCACGACUAUGAUGAGAUCGACCACAACAGUAUGCACUUCUCCUCCCCCUUUUUGCCACGCGUAGAGACGACAUGGGCUGACUUGAGCUGCUUCUCGUCGUCCAGGUGGGCUCAGACUCAACACCUCAACUAUGCAUAA